AUGGCGGGCGCUCUUGCCCAGCCUCAGCCACAGGACGCAAUCGGCGCCAAGGUGGCCUCUGAGUUCAAGCAGUGCGGGGGCGCCGCCCAAUGCGCGGGCCACGUCUGCGCGGAUGCGGCUUGGGCGGACGUCCAGUGCGCGGCCGGCUUUGUGUGCGAUCGCCAGAACCCCUACUACUGGCAGUGCACCAACGACCCGGAAGCGGUGAAGAAAACCGGCGCCGCUGCCCCUGGCGCUGCCGCCGCGGCGGCCCCAGCUGCCGCAGCUGCCGCUCAUGCACCCAACCCGGCGAACGCGGCGCCGCUGCCCACCGCCGCGUCCCUGGCGCAGCCCGCCGACGUCUUUGCCACGCCGCGGGCGCCCGUGCCGCUGCCCACCGCCGCGACCGCCGACCCAUUCACGGCCCAGCCGCCCGCCGCGCCCGCCGCGCCCGCGCCGGCUGCCGCAGUCCAGCCCGCCGCCGCUGCCGCGCCCGUCCCUGAGCCUGCCGCCGCCCCUGCCGCCACCCCUGCCGCCGCCGCGGCCGCCACACCUGCGGCCGCGCCCGCCGCGCGUGUGUACGCGACCGUCAAGUCGGGAUCUCGCAACUCCGCCAGCCCCGCCACCCUGGUGUGCCCGUGCAUCGACGUCGGCCUCAACGACCCGGCCUGCUUCAAGGGCAUCACGGAUUUCUGCGAGAGCGCGGCUGCUAAGCCAAACAUGACUGUGUGCGAGGCGAUGAGCCUCUUCUUCAAUGACCAGAACGUGACCGCCGCCAAGAUCGCCACCGGGUUCUUCGUGGACACGUGCAACGUGAUCGUGCCCCCAACGGCGACGGCGUGCGCCUGCAUGGACGGCCCCACCACGGACGGCUGCAAGGCCGCCGCCGUCGCAGCCUGCCAGGCCGGCAGCACCAUCUGCCCGGCCCUCGCGUUCGGCGUCGAGUCCAACACGGCCAGCCAGGAGGCGCUCGCCAAGUACAUGGAGACCAACUGCGCGGCGGACAUGGUGGCCACCAACAUCACCUUCUCGUUCCUGGACAUCUCGAAGGACGACAGCCGGCGACGUCGGUGUCCGCCAUAG